CCAAGGUGGGAGGAUGGCUUGAAGGCAGGAGAUUGAGACAAGCCUGGGCAACAUAGCAGGACUCCAUCUCUAUUAAAAAAAAAAAAAAAAAAAAAAGCAGGAAACACUUGUUUUUGAAGUUGCUCUUUUCCUAAUUGUUUUCUUCCCUGGACCUUAAACAGUGGACAGUGACUUUUCUCAUCACAUGUAUACUUUAUGUACAGUGUACAAUUUGUCCUCCAUGUCCCUGUCUUCUCUUGUUGAUAAAGAUUAUGUACUACAUUUUUUAAAAAAAAGAACUGAAGGAUCAUAUCUGACCCCUGGAUCCCUCUGAACUGUGAAUAGAUGAUAAACUUCUGGGCUCAGAAAUUUUCUCAUAAUGUUGCCAAGCAUUAGUCCAGCGUGGAGGCAACUUUCUGCUCAAACCACUCAUUUGGGUCCCGUGCCCAGUGUCACCCAUCCUCAGCAAAACAACCUUUAUUUCCUUCUUCCUGGUUUCCAGAAAGUUCUCCUAAAGCCCCGAGGAAUCACCGAAUGAAAGGGGCUUUUUACCAACAGGAAACUUAAGUGGAGUGCCAAUACACAACAUGGAUUGCACCAGGCUGGGUCUAAGAUAAAACUAGACUGUGGACAACAGAAGAGAUAAGACCCACAUGGCUCUGCACUGCCUGGGUCUGUUAUUGUGUGGGAGGAAUGUCUUAGUCUGUUGCUCCUGUGGGUGUAGCUAAGACAUGAACUAGGAGCCUUCAUCCGUAGAAAGCAGACACCUGAGAACCAAUCCCAAACUGCAGGCUUCCACAGAACCUUCUGGAAUCUUCUGGAAUGCAACUCAUUACUGCCAGAGGGUCUUUGAUGAGUGUCUACUCUCCACCAUUUGUCUUCAUUACCCACAUAUUCUCUUUCCGUGGAAAGGCUUGGAAAUCUAGUGUAUAUUUUACACUAACAGCAUAUCGCAAUUGAGAUGGCCACAUCUCAAGUGCCAAGUAGCCAUGUAUGGCCUGAGGCCACGACUCUGGGCAGUACAGCUUUGGGUUACCUAACCAAACUCCUGCAAAACCACACCACCUAUGCCUGUGAUGGGGACUAUUUGAAUCUACAGUGCCCUCGGCAUUCUACGAUAAGUGUCCAAUCGGCAUUUUAUGGGCAAGAUUACCAAAUGUGUAGUUCCCAGAAGCCCGCCUCCCAGAGGGAAGACAGCUUAACCUGUGUGGCACCCACCACCUUCCAGAAGGUGCUGGACGAAUGCCAGAACCAGCGGGCCUGCCACCUCCUGGUCAAUAGCCGUGUUUUUGGACCUGACCUUUGUCCAGGAAGCAGUAAAUACCUCCUGGUCUCCUUUAAAUGCCAACCUAAUGAAUUAAAAAACAAAACCGUGUGUGAAGACCAGGAGCUGAAACUGCACUGCCAUGAAUCCAAGUUCCUCAACAUCUACUCUGCGACCUACGGCAGGAGGACCCAGGAAAAGGACAUCUGCUCCUCCGAGGCAGAGCGGCUCCCCCCUUUCGAUUGCUUGUCUUACUCAGCUUCGCAAGUCCUGUCCCGAAGGUGCUAUGGGAAGCAGAGAUGCAAAAUCAUCGUCAACAAUCACCAUUUUGGAAGCCCCUGUUUGCCAGGUGUGAAAAAAUACCUCACUGUGACCUACGCAUGUGUUCCCAAGAACAUACUCACAGCGAUUGAUCCAGCCAUUGCUAAUCUAAAACCUUCUUUGAAGCAGAAAGAUGGUGAAUAUGGUAUAAACUUCGACCCAAGCGAAUCAAAGGUUCUGAGGAAAGAUGGAAUUCUUGUUAGCAACUCUCUGGCAGCCUUUGCUUACAUUAGAGCCCACCCGGAGAGAGCUGCCCUGCUGUUCGUGUCCAGUGUCGGCAUCGGCCUGGCCCUCACAUUGUGCGCCCUGGUCAUCAGAGAGUCCUGUGCCAAGGACUUCCGCAAGUUGCAGCUGGGGAGGGAGCAGCUGGUGCCAGGAAGUGACAAGGCCGAGGAGGACAGCGAGGAUGAAGAAGAGGAGGAGGACUCCUCCGAGUCUGAUUUCCCAGGGGAACUGUCGGGGUUCUGUAGGACUUCAUAUCCUGUCUACAGUUCCAUAGAAGCUGCAGAGCUCGCAGAAAGGAUUGAACGCAGGGAGCAAAUCAUUCAGGAAAUAUGGAUGAACAGUGGUUUGGACACCUCACUCCCGAGAAACAUGGGCCAGUUCUACUGAAAACCACAUGCAUCUUAAUGCGGUCGCACUUUCUGAAGAAGGAAGGAUCCCAAAUGCCCCUCCGGUUCUGGUUCACCCGUACCUUCUAUGAAGGAGAAUUUGUCAUGUCAUCCAACACUCGUGAGGCCAGGAAGCUAUUAAAGGGAUGUUUCAAGCUGUUUCCAGCACAUUCCAAAAUAAAUGAGGAGGGAAGAGUC